AUGUCCGAUGAAAUAAGCAAUGUUCUUCAAUUUGUAUCUCAGCGUCAACAAGGCAGUGCUAGCCCGAAUCACAUCCCAGGCGCUCAGCAGCCUCGAUUUGCUGUUUCAAAAACGUCGUUGCUCAAUCACACUAAACCUACGCUUCUUCAACGGCCCCUACUGGAUGACAGAGACCAAUCAGAACCUGCGAACCUGGAGCAAAAUAGGCACCUGGCCUGCUCUGGUAAAAGGUUUCCGGACGCGUUUGACACGGACGCUGAGGAUCUUGAUGACACCUCUGUGACCGGCAGCGAAUUAGUCCACUCACGUGCUCACCUUCGGUCCCAUAGCAAGAAUAUUACCAGUUCCGGAAAUCACGACGUUCUAGUAGGGUUUGAUGGCCAUCAUGCUCAUCAAUCAUACGGCCAAACUCGUGGAACCCGUGCUCAUGAUUCUGUAUAUCAGAAGAAGUACGAAGAGGAUCCAGAGGAGAGCGGAGGGGGCGAUAGCCACAGCGAUCACUGCGUUUUUGAGCCCAGUGCUGAGGAUAAUCCAAAGAUUGUCAGUGAGGAGCUCGGUGUACGUAAAACCCCAGACAGCCGGCGCCGAGCACAACUGGGCAUAGUAAGGCAAUCCCUCUUCACGCCCAUGGCAACAACCCAAUCACACAUAGCUGCAAAUUACCCUGUCACAGACUUGGUCGGCACCCGCAGACCAUCAACACCAACGGGAACCGAUAGCCCUGAUCAGACCAGGAAAGAUAGCCGCAAGCGGCCACUCGUGCAAAAUCAACUCUACAAGGUAUGUUCAACGGAUGGAGAUCUCUCUAAAACAUCGAAAGAUGAGGCUGAAAACUCUGUGGGACUGCAAUCACGCCACAGAAUCCCACCUGAGCCUUCGCAGGGACCUCACAUGCUACAUGAACAUGCAAACUCCCAGGACAACUCUUCCGAAAAGGAUCCAUUGAUAUCACGUCACAACCACUUUGAUGAACCAUCAAAUCCUGUAAGGUCUGAGAAAGACACCCGUGGCCCAAAGAUACCAGGUGGUGUAAUUUUUCAAGGUCGCAAACGAUCUCAAAGUUUGGACUAUGACCAAGACCAGAUGUCACUUAUGACUUACGAGCAACUCAAGGCAGAGCCAUUCGACCAUGGCCCAAAGGCAUCUUACCGAGAGCUUCCCGCCUUGUUUGUCGAUGGUUCAAUGCAAGAGAAGCUCGGGCAUAUCUAUAUGUGGCGCGGUAACGACCAAAUAGACAAGCAGCGUAAGGACUUCUUUGCUUCACUCACGAUUGAUCAACACGAGUCGUGCGGGGACCUGAUCAUUGACAAAUUCAAAGACAUGCUUGACAAGUUUAAGCAAGCGCGAUGGGAGAAGAGAAAGAUGUUCCAGGAUUUCGAGGCCCAGCUGGAGAAUAGACAAACGCUCGUCACUGAAAAAGGCGUCAUUAUUGAGAGUGAUCUCAAUGCUAUGCAGAAGAAAGGGAAGGACAUUAUCUCAAGAAAAGGCAAUACGGCUGCAGACUAA